AUGAGUCUUCAUGCUGCUAGGUUCGCGCGACAGCUCUCGCACAGACCAUUCCCAGUACUUCAAGCACGUUUUGCUUCGACACAGCCACUUUCUCGCGAGCUUUUUCCUCAGAGGACUCAGUCUCAGCCGGGGGAUUGGCCAAAAUUAAUCAAGAAAGCUGGAGUGAGAGUCGCACAGUACGUUGGCGUUUUCUCAGUCGUGUUGUUUUGGCCGUUCCCAGUCUACACGAUUGCUGAAGCGAUCUACUAG